UUAUUGGUGCAUUGAAUGUGAAGAGCGGAGAUAUGUAAUUAAAUGUAAAGAGCGGUGAUGUGUAAUUGAAUGUGAAGAAUUGUGCGGCGUGAUAGUUGCAACAAGGUAUUAUUGGAUUACGUGAGUUGACUUUGAAGUGCCAGUAUGAGGCUGAUGACGAAUUAUGGGUACAACGAUGUGAAGUAGUUUCUUGCAAAUACUCGGUGUUUCUGAGUAAAUUUUGUUCCAGAAAACCGUCGAGAUUGUGUACCUUGCUUCUUGUUUAAUGUGAUAAAAUUUUGAAAAUGGCCGUUGCGGGUUUGCAUAAUGUAUCUGCUUUUGGUCCUUCUUUCUUUGGGGAGUCACAAUCUCCAGUGUCGACUCAGUGGGGUGAUGAACAAGGCAGGCCUAGCACCCGGGCAUCCUCUCUCUUACAAAUGUGGCGGGAGCUUGAGGGUGACCAUGUGGUGAACCAUUCUCGCAGGUUGAGGCGAAAUAGAAAUGGUCCUGAUUCUGAGUGCUUAAGUAGUUCCAUGUCGGUGGGACAAGGAAGCGAUAAUGGGCAUGAUGUCUCUGAAGAUGCAGAUGAAACUGAGAAUCAAGGUGCCACAGGUUCUGAGAUGGAGCAUGAGGAUAAUAACAGUAUAAUAUCUGAACAAUCUAGUGACUUGGGAGAAACUGAAAGGGAAAGGGUUAGACAAAUUUUUCGAGAAUGGAUGAACAGUGGUGCAAUGAGUCAUUCAUCUAACGGAUUCCAUCUAAACAAUCGAUCGGGGCCACAAUGGCUUGGCGAGAAUGAGUGUGGAAGGGUGAGAGUUAUUAGAGAAUGGGUACAAACGAAUGCCCAGCAGAGAAACAAUCAGGAAUCGCAUAGUGGUGGUGUUGAAGAAGCUGGUUCUCAGAUUGAGCAGGUGUGUGAUGGAUUGAUUACCACUCAUGCUCAGAUUGGUGCACGAAGACCCAUUCGAAGAUUAUGUGGUAGACAGACUCUUCUUGAUCUUCUCCAGAGGGCUCAAUCUGAGAGGAAAACAGAACUUCACUGUUUGUUGGAGCAGAGGCCAGUAUCAGAUUUCGCCCAUCGCAAUCGCAUUCAGGCUCUCCUCAGAGGUAGGUUCUUAAGAAAUGAAAGAUUGACCCCAGACAAGAGACCAUCUUCUGUGGCUGCAACUGAACUAGGUCUGCUAAGGCAAAGGCAUACAGUUUCUGGACUCAGAGAAGGAUUCCUCUCCAAAUUGGAUAAUUCUGCUUCAACUUCAGCCAAUAGCACUGAGUUGGACUCCUCUUUCAGUGAUGAAAAUAAUGGUGAAUCAGAGUCCACAUGCAUGGAAAGGGAGGUGGCAGGAAUUCAUACAACACCUGACUCAGAAGGUGCUGUAGAUAGAAACAGGAGUCAGCGGGAACUUGUAACGCAAGCAACUGAAUUAGGAAAUCCUGUUUUGCACAAUGAUAGAAAUGAGCAAGAAGUGUCUAUGGAUAAUGAGGGAAACGAACAAGAAGUGUCUAUGAACAUUGAGAGACACCAGCAAGAAAUGUCUCUGGAUGUUGAAAGUGCUGAUAGCAGACAAGAGCUGACUUUGAACAGGGAGGCAACUGAACAAGAAGCAUCCGCUGAUUCGGAGUAUGCCGGUAGUGGACAUGGUGAAGAGAUCAAUGCCACUACCAAUGAAUUGCCAUUAGAAACCGAGGAUGCAAAUUACAGUGGACCACAUGAAAUACUUGAUGAACAUUAUGAACCAAGAAAUGGUGCAAGUUAUGUUCAUGACUUAGCUGGUCAUUCCGCUGACUUGGGCAGAAACACAAAUGAACAAUUUGAGGGGCAAGAUGCUUCAGCACGAGUGAACGAGUUCCAAGAGUCAGUACCGGAGUUUGAAGUGAGCACCUGGCAACAGGUAACUAAUGUUGCAUUCACAGAAUGGGUGGAUGAUAGCAGAGAAGAAACGGCUAGAAGUUGGCAGGAAAGCUCGGCUAAUCAAUGGCUACAGGGAACAUCUGAUAAUGCUGUGGAGCAAGAUCAGAUGCAAGAAUCACAUGAAGACUGGCCAAGCCACGAUUUGCAAGAAGCUAUUGAUAGUUGGCUAGAUAUGCCUUCUGGAGAGGUUGGUACAUCCGUUAGAAGGAUGCCCACAUUUUAUUUCCCUGAUGAUGAUAAUGAUCACAGUAUGGAACUUAGGGAGCUUUUCAGCCGGAGACGCGUCUCUAGCCUUCUUCGAAGUGGUUUCCGGGAGAGCCUAGACCAGGUGCUACAAUCUCAUGUGGAACGGCAAGGUCAUGCUUCUGGUGGGUGGGAACUGGAUGAUGCAUCUUCUUCUCCUAGCCUAGUUGAGGAAGACCAGGGACAGCAAAAUGGUAGAGCUUUGGCUCUAUCUGCUGAUAGAAAUCCAUUUGCUCCUAGUUCCAGCCUUGUCACUGCAUCUCAGCCACUUUGGGGUGAUGAGGAGUUGCAGGGUCCAAAUUUGGGACACAACAACCUUAGCCAGCAGUUGGGGACGGAGUGGGAGGUAAUCAAUGAGUUGAGGAUUGACAUGGCUAGGCUUCAGCAAAGGAUGAACAACAUGCAAAGUAUGCUGGAAGCAUGCAUGGAUAUGCAAAUAGAAUUGCAGCGUUCAGUGCGGCAAGAGGUUUCUGCAGCUUUAAAUCGGUCAAUCUUAACAAGAGAUACAGAUGCAUCCAAGAGGAAUACACUUUGUGAUGAAUCUCCAUGGGAUCAUGUAAGGAGAGGGAUUUGCUGCUUGUGUUGUGAUAACAAGAUUGAUUCCUUGUUGUACAGAUGUGGGCACAUGUGCACCUGUUCCAAGUGUGCUGAAAAAUUGGUCCAGGGUACAAGGAAGUGUCCAAUGUGCCAGGCCCCGGUAGUCGAGGCCGUCCGAGCUUAUUUUACCCAUUAGUAGAAAAAGAACAAAUAGCAUAUAGAGUAACAAUGAUGAGAGAUGAAAUAAGAAGCUUGCUUUCUGAUAAGUAGCUCUGUUUCCCCUUCCGCCAGAAUGUUUUCUUUCCACAGGCGGGGCACCUCUGUUAUUGUUAAGACGGAUAAGCAUAAGUUAUGUGCGUCCACUUGCAUCUUAAUUAUCUGCAGUCAAUUUUCCCCUCAACCAGCAGAAAGCAUUACUUACCACAGCAAUUUGAGUUAACCAAAUUACUGAUUUAUCUGACUGGAAAGUCAUUGGUUAUUAGUGAUGGCUUUAUUGUGAAUAAAGAGAUUUUGAGAUAGCAGAAGGCUUCUUGAAGUUUAAGCUGCCGUGAUUUGUGCAUUGGUGUGUGCAUAUACACUCUUACAAAGCUUGACUAGUAAUGUAAAUGGAGAUGGAUCUGUACUCUUACAUACACAAGUGAAGUAUUGUGCCGAUAUGAUGAAAAGUUAUGGCAAAUGCUGCUUGCAAUAUUUGUUAAAACAGUACUCUUGUUUGAGGCUUGAACUUGGAAAUACUUAUUGUGGGGGACUACUUCAAGAUUUACUAUAUGGGUUUAUGAAAUCAA